AUGCUGUGGAAGCAUCAGAUUGCUUUUGCAGAUAAUUUCACUGGCAAAGACAUCAGAUUGGUUGGUGGAAACAGUGAGCUGGAAGGACGAGUAGAAAUAAGCAUUAAUGGUAUCUGGGGGACAAUCUGUGGAGACGGCUUGUUUGACUUUACUGACGCAGAUGUUCUAUGUAGAAUGCUUCAUACGAAUCUGAGUGCUCUAGACUACUACACAGAUGGACGAAACGGAUAUGGUAAUGGCCCAGUAUUUUACCGUUCGUUGUCAUGUACCGGAUUAGAAAAAACAAUCCAUAAUUGCUCAAGUUCAACAGGUGAAUCGUGUUCCCAUUCGAACGACGUGGGUGUGAUAUGUGCAGGCUGCUCACGUCUGACACAACGUCAUUAUGGAUUGCUCGAACACGUCAAUAUCACCAGCAAUGGUGACGUAUACACUGGCAGAUGCAGCAACGGGACAUCUUAUUUCCAGUUCUUAUACCAAUGUGCACUCAAUGGCACGUGGGAAGAGUAUGGUACAAGAUGUGGUCCUUUAGCCCUUAGAGAUGUCCGAUUCGUUGGUGGAGUCGGCUUGUACGAUGGAACAGUUGAAGUGCGUGUUGGGGAUACCUGGGGUCCGGUGUGUGGAUAUAAACCGACAGUAUUACUCUUACCCCGACAAUGUGUUUUGUAA